UAUGUCAAUAAUCCGAAAGUUCAGUGAUGAACUGACAGCUGAAAGAGAAGCUUGCAAAUCCUGUGUUGUUAUUAGCAAUUCCUUUCAUCAACUGCAAUGGAAUAUGGUUAACUUUAAUAUGAGAGAAUUUUCUUAACUGCAUUGUUUCGGUGAUAUACAUUGGUAAUGAAUUGCAGCUUUUAAGAUAGAUUGUCAUAGGAAUUCGACUGACCAGUGGUCACUGACACUGGACAUAAUUUCUGCUAUCAUGGACUUAAAUAUUUUUUCAUUCACGGCAUUUUUCGUAUGCGUUUUCAUUUGUAAAUCAUAUGCGCUUGAAAAUAACCAACACUUUACAGAUGAAUGGGCAGCAGAGAUUGAAGGUGGAAUAGAUAAUGCCAGAGAUGUUGCAAGAAGAUAUGGUUUCAUAUUUGUUGAUAAGAUUUUUGGUGAUUACUAUACACUUCGACACUCCAGAGUUUCUAAAAGGUCCAAAUAUCCCAGUAAAUUCUACCAUAAUACUCUCAGACAAGAUGGCAAGGUAAAAUGGCUGGAACAACAGGUAGCAAAGAAAAGAGUUAAACGAUUCAUACCAUACCAGGAAUUCAAUGAUCAGAAAUGGCCCAGCCAAUGGUACUUGAAUCGUGGUCAAGGCCUGGACAUGAAUGUACAGAAGGCGUGGGCAAUGGGUGUGACUGGUAAGGGAGUGGCAGUCACAAUUCUAGAUGAUGGUAUAGAGUCCGAGCACCCUGAUCUAAAGAGGAACUACGAUGAAAAGGCAAGUUAUGAUGUCAACGGUCAUGACCCAGAUCCCACUCCUCGAUAUGAUUAUACAAAUGAAAACAGACAUGGUACAAGAUGUGCAGGGGAAGUGGCUGCCCAGUCUAACAACAGUGAGUGCAGUGUGGGUGCAGCAUAUGAUGCUAAAAUUGGAGGAGUGAGAAUGCUGGAUGGUGAUGUAACAGACUCUGUGGAAGCGCAGUCUCUCAUUUUAAACCCAACAUGUACAGAUCUCGUGCCCCGUUGGGGUCCCGAUGAUGAGGGAGAACUGUUGGGUUUUGGGCCGGCUUAAAAUUUGGGUGCAAGGGCCUUUUUUGAUGGUAUAUUACAGGGUCGUGGCGGGUUAGGUUCAAUAUUUGUGUGGGCGUCGGGUAACGGCGGGCGUGAUCAUGACAGCUGUAAUUGUGACGGGUAUACAAACAGUAUAUACACGCUGUCUAUCAGUAGUGCUACAGAGAACGGCAAGAUACCGUGGUACUCGGAGGCGUGUUCCUCGACUCUAGCUACAACAUACAGUAGUGGAUCUGCUGGCGAGAGACAGAUAGUUACCACGGAUAUCAGGAAUAGUUGUACCGAAACUCAUACAGGGACGUCUGCCAGCGCACCUCUUGCUGCCGGCAUGUGCGCAUUAGCACUCCAGGCAAAUCCAAUGUUGACCUGGCGUGACCUUCAACAUAUUGUUGUCAUGACAGCUAAACCAGACUACCUCCAUGAUAACACCUGGAUUACAAAUGGCGUGGAUAGAAAAGUGAGUCAUUCCUUCGGGUAUGGGUUGAUGGAUGCUGCGGCCAUGGUUCAAUUAGCAAAGAACUGGACAACAGUUCCACCUCAAUAUAUCUGUGAAAUCCGAUCACCAGACCAUAACAAGGUUGUACCAAUGAACGGGAAGAUAUCUGUACCAUUGGUGACGGACGGUUGUGAGGGCACAAAUAAUCACGUUAAAUAUCUCGAGCACGUGCAGGCACGUAUUACACUGAAAGCGAGCAGACGUGGUGAUGUACAAAUAUAUCUGACGUCACCGAGCGGAACCACUUCUACCUUGCUGGCAAAGAGAGUACAUGAUAAUUCGAGGGAAGGUUUUAACAACUGGGCAUUCAUGACCACACAUAACUGGGGUGAACUGGCCAAAGGUCAAUGGGUGCUUGUGAUAGAAAAUGCAGCACGUUCUUCAAUACCACCAUAUUACCCCAAUGAUGCUGAGCAAAGCAUUGGACAACUUCGCCUCAAGGACUGGGUACUUGUAUUGUAUGGUACUGAUCGUAACCCCCAGCAACCCAUCACCAGCACGACUACGACCACCACAACUGUCCCGACAACAACCACCGUCAAACGUAUACGUAAACAUGAACUAGAUUCUCCAUAUUAUGCCCCCGUGAAUACCCAACAAAUAACAAAUCAAGUUAUAAGAAAUCAACACAUUCCGAGUACCCGGAAAAAUAAAAAAGAUAGGAAGCCAAAAAAGCCUAAAAAGGCCAAGCCCAAAGAUAGAUACUAUUAUUAUUCUCAAAUGAGAGACGGAUUCCAUAGUAAAAAUGAGCAACAUAUGUGCAUAUUUGAGACACUGGCCAAACAGAACAAUAUGUCCACAAAACAGUACUACCAGAUGAUGAGAAAAAAAGACCUCAGCUCAGCCAAGUUAGAGAACUGGUCACUCAUCGUCAUGGGAACGAGGGAUCACCCCCAGGCACGUAAUGUCACUGCCCCCGUCAACUCGGACAAACCUUUCACAUGCAGUGGAAUUACUUCACAUGGAGUUUGUAUAGAGUGUCGACCAGGAUUCUAUAAACUAAAGGAUGGUUGUGUAGCCAAUUGUCCGGAACAUUAUUAUGGAAUCAUGCAAAUGGUUCAGCUACGUUCAACCUCAAAUACCUCUUCCCAGAGGCCAAAAUUUCAGAGACAAGGUAUUUGUAACGAAUGCCACGAGGCGUGCAGAACAUGUAAGGGACCUCAAGUAGCAGAUUGUUUUCAAUGUAAAGACGGGUACGAGAAACGCGAUGGCUUAUGCCAGAAAAAGUUACUGCUGAAUUUCCUCGAUCCAGAUAUGUUAGGAUUUUUUAUCUGGGUGAUUGUUCUGUGUAUUGCGGCAAUUAUUCUAUUUGGUGUUAUAUUCGGCCUGCUACAGGCGAGAGAUAGACAGUUGCUCUGUUGGAAAGGAAAGAGGAAGGUUAAAACUAAAAAAUGUGAAUAUAAAGGAAUGAAUCUAACGCAAGAAGAGUUAGAAAAUGACCUUGAAAACUUUGAUAUUAUUCGUAAUCGUAACUUUCGUCAUGGCAGUAUACCAGAAAACCAUGACCCUAUGUGUCGUGUUCAAGUUAAUAAUUUAGAAAAUGUAGUAAAAUUUAGUCUUGAUAAUCAAAGCACAAAUAGUCUUAGUCAAGCAAAACAAGUAGAUAGGUCUGCUAGUAAAAACAAUAUUGGUAGAUAUUCAAGCAGGAGCAGCCAGCUGGAUGAUAGGAAAGAUAUUAACCAAGAUAGAUAUCAUUGUGAUAGGAAACCCCGCAGCGGCGGGAAUACCGAUAAAAAUAUAAGACGUAACUACACUGACAGCUAUGUUAGUUAUGAUAUAAAUAGCACUUUGACUAAAACUUUAGCAUCAGACACAGAGAGGAUGGAAAUUCCGUUGAGAGGUCAAGGUCAAAGUCACUAUAUUUUCCACGGAAGUCGGAGCUCUGGAGCUCUAAUGCAUUAGCAGUGGUAAUGGAAACAGAUUUAAAUGGGAAAAUAACAAUCCAGCAUUAGUUACAGCAAAAUGUUGUAAUGUUUUUCAGUCCCUGUAAUUCUAUGGCCUAUAUAGUAAUUGAUAAUUGUUUUAUGUUUGAUAUUACAUGUAUGCUGAUAUUUGAUAAAUUAUGUAAGUACAAAACUGAUAUAAUAGGAUAUAGAAUGGGCUGCGAGGUACAACAGGUUAUAUUGUGAGCCUCGUCUGAAACUGGAAACAUAGUUGUCAUGGUUACAUAGUUGUCAUGGUUACAUUGCAAAUUUAGUACACAAAGUCAAGGUAUUCUUAAUGAUGGAUACCAGACAGGUUAUUUUGUAACAUACGUUAGUAAUCAGAUAUUUUCAAGUAUAAGUUGUACAUGUUGUUUUAUUAUGAUAUAUACUAUUCUACAUAAUCACGUAAAUCAUGUAGUAAAAAUAUAUAUAUGUACAUGUAAAUUUAUACAACAGUUUUAAGUUUUUGAAACAGUUUUUUCAAAUCACUUUUUGCCAAAGCAAUAUUAAACAUAUGCUCUAUUGUUAGAUAUGAACAUUUUUUUUCAUUGAAUUUUUGUUUUUGUUUUCUUGUUUUGAAUAUUGAGAAUGAAAAUAGUUGGCAUAUUUAACAGUAUUAUACAUUAUAUAUACUUAACUUAUAUACACCAUCAUCAUACUAGACCCUCACAUUGGAAUACAGUUUAUAUUAAACAUUUUACGAUGUGAAAUUCCGAGGUAUUAAACUACGAGUGCUGGCAAGCAAGAAUAACGCAGGGUGAAGUGCAAUAUAUAACAUGUAAUUGGGUACUCUAUGAUGCAAUAUUAUUACAAUUUUCCAUGUACUAACAUUUAAUGAUAUUACACAGGAGCCAAGCUUUACUAAACAAGUAUAAACCCGUGUCAUAAGUGCUUUUUUCUAAUCAAGCCCAAGGAUAAACUGACAUAAACAAUAUAUUACAUGAGAGCCGAGCUUUUCUAAACUUAAAACGGUGUCAUAAACAUGUAUAUAACACGAGAGUUGAGCUUUACAAAACAAAGGUGUCAUAAACAUGUAUAUUACACGAGUGCUGAGCUUU